GCGCGUAGACUCCGCUCCUCCAGCGCGGCGUGGGCGCGGGGAGCGGUGCUCCCGGCGCACCCGGGCGCUAGCCGCCGCCUGGGGCUGUGCAGCGGCAGGUGCCCGGCGGGCGGCCGCGGCUCCCGGCUAUCUGGGAGAGGGUGCGGGGCGGGGGUCCCUGCUUUCCCGGGAAACUCGUUAGCCCUCCUCCGGGGCCUGGCUCCUCCUCCUCUAGGCGUGGGGCUCGUGCCCGCCGCUGCCUGCGCGCACCGCGCCUCUGCUAGCGUCUCCCCCUACCCCGCCCGCUCCUGCCAACGCUUCCCCCUCCUCCUCUUCCUUCUCCUCCGCCCAUCACCGCCACUACGGACGCCUUCGCCUCCUUCUACUCCUCGCGCCGCCGCCGCCGCCGCGCCUCGCGCUCUCCUGCUUCCACCAGCCCAUCGCUCCCGGCUCGCCGGGUUGCUACAGUCAGUGUCUUCUCUCAAGUUUCCUAUCUCUUCAAGAUCAGGGCAAAGGGAGGAAAACACCAGUUCUGCUUGCCAUUUCAGAGUGGUGAUGAAGACGAAACUGAACAGCUCCAAUAUGCAGUUGCUGCUUUUUGUUUUCUUGGCGUGGGAUCCAGCCAGGUUGGUGCUGGCUAACAUCCAAGAAGAUGAGGCUAAAAAUAACAUUACCAUCUUUACAAGAAUUCUAGACAGACUUCUGGAUGGUUACGAUAAUCGGCUUAGACCAGGACUGGGAGACAGUAUUACUGAAGUCUUCACUAACAUCUAUGUGACCAGUUUUGGCCCUGUCUCAGAUACAGACAUGGAAUAUACAAUAGAUGUUUUCUUUCGACAAAAAUGGAAAGAUGAACGAUUAAAAUUUAAAGGUCCUAUGAACAUCCUUCGACUCAACAAUUUAAUGGCCAGCAAAAUCUGGACUCCAGAUACCUUUUUCCACAAUGGGAAGAAAUCGGUGGCACACAAUAUGACAAUGCCAAAUAAGCUUCUCCGAAUCCAGGAUGAUGGGACCCUUCUGUACACAAUGAGGCUUACAGUUCAAGCUGAAUGUCCAAUGCACUUGGAGGAUUUUCCAAUGGAUGCCCACUCAUGUCCUCUGAAAUUUGGCAGCUGUGAAUAUACUGUAAUGACAGCUCAUUUCCACUUGAAAAGAAAAAUUGGAUAUUUUGUGAUUCAGACAUAUCUGCCUUGCAUCAUGACUGUCAUUCUCUCCCAAGUGUCAUUCUGGCUUAACAGAGAAUCUGUGCCUGCAAGAACAGUGUUUGGAGUAACAACUGUUCUAACAAUGACAACUCUAAGCAUCAGUGCUCGGAAUUCUCUCCCCAAAGUGGCUUAUGCAACUGCCAUGGACUGGUUUAUUGCUGUUUGCUAUGCAUUUGUGUUCUCUGCCCUAAUUGAAUUUGCAACUGUUAAUUACUUCACUAAAAGAGGAUGGGCUUGGGAUGGAAAGAGUGUAGUAAAUGACAAGUCCCCUUCAAUAAAAGCUGAAGGCAUUACAUUAACUUACAACUCAGUGAAGGCAAUUCUUCAAGGAGCUAAGCUAAUAUGGUCCAAGUAUAUAGCUUUCUCAUGGCACAAUUUUAUCCAAGGAAAGACUUUAGAGUACUUAGAGAAGUGGAUGGACUGUAUAACCUUCAAACAAUCUUCUAAAAAAGAAAAAGCCUCUGUGAUGAUACAGAACAACGCUUAUGCAGUGGCUGUUGCCAAUUAUGCCCCGAAUCUUUCAAAAGACCCAGUUCUCUCCACCAUCUCCAAGAGCGCAACCACUCCAGAACCCAACAAGAAACCGGAAAACAAGCCAGCCGAAGCCAAGAAGACCUUCAAUAGCGUUAGCAAAAUUGACAGAAUGUCUAGAAUAGUUUUCCCAGUUUUGUUUGGUACAUUUAAUUUAGUUUACUGGGCCACAUAUUUAAACAGAGAACCUGUAUUAGGGGUCAGUCCUUGAUUCUAGGCACAGGUUGUCUUUGAGAUGUAUAGCAACAUUAAACUUGGUUUGUUUUGCCAUGUACAGUCUGACUAAUAACUGCUAAUUUGUGAACCAACAUGUACAGUAUGUAUAUAGCAUCAUAGCUUCUAGACCUCUAAUGGAGACACGCAUUUGCUAACUCAUGGCAGAAGGCACCCCAUGCCCAAUGAGCCAUUGCCUUUUUAAAAGAUUUACCCUCGGAAUUGGUCUAAAGUAGAUUUCAGGUGAUCUGAUUUAUUUUCUCUUAUUCUAACAGCAAUGAAAAUGGAGAUCCUAUAGCACCCUUUAUGGACCCUUUUGAUUUAGGUCUUACAUAGGAGUAUUUUCUACUGUUAGCUAUAGAGUGAAAUAACAUUGUCUUUCCAAGAUGAAUUCCUCUAAAUAACAGAACCUCCUAUCUGCAACGUCAGUUCCCUUCUCGAGUGCUCAGAAUCCCUGCUAAUAUAAUUGGAAACUUAGCACACAUCUGAAGAAAAACUAGAGAUUUGAAAUCAGCUUUUAAUUACUUUGUUUAGUAUCUAUUGCCAUGUACAUACUACGGCAUGACAAGUUCAAAUAAUUAUGAAUCACCCUGACAAGAUGUUCGGUAUGCCUAGGAUUUAAUAACUAUUGGAAUGCCAUGGUCAUCACAUGUUUCACAUCAGAGUUUAUUUGAAAGUAAUAAUUGAAAUCCUCCAGAUUAUUUUAAUCAUUGGAAACUACCUUAAAUUAAAAAAAAAAAAAGAUGAUAAAUAGGUCUUAGUAUUUCCAGGUAUGUGUUGUAUUGAAAUUGAUCAGCUAAAUUUUCUUGGUGCUGGAAACUGGAAAAGACAUCCAGUUUGGCUGCUGUGGAGCAACAUUCAUAUUGGAUUAGAAAAUUGUGCCAAAAACUCCCAUCAAUGAGAAUUCAUAGGUGUCACAGAGUAUAUAUGAGCACUUAUACGAUUCUCUCCUUUCCUGUUUACUGCAAAUUCUGCCUUAAGGCUUCUUUUCACCAGGACUCAGAAGCCAGCUAAUUACAAAGAACAGGGCAGUUAAUUGGCACAUUUUUCUGUCUUGAAAGCAGCUCUUUCAGAUAAGAAUUAAUGUAAAUUCUGCUUUUGUAAAUUGCAACUUUAAAUUUCUCUGACUCAAAUUUGCAGCUUUGUAUAUGAGAAGAGGUUUUGGUAAGAGUUGAAUAUUUUUAAACUGAAACUUUAAAGCAUCACCAACAGAUUGUGGAUUAGUUCACAUGCACAAACAAAACACACACACCCACGAUUAGCUCAAUUAGGAUAUGUACACAAAUAUUUAGCUAAAUUAGAAACUAUAGUUUUCAAUUUUAUAUAAUUACUAAUUAUUAAUGAGCAAAAUUCAUUUUCCUUUUAGAAUUUAAAAUACUCUUUAUGCCCCUGAAAUAUGUUACAGAAAUUAUUGUGUCUCAUGUUAUCAGACUCAACAUUUUGGGCAAACUUAAAAUCCUUUUGACUCACAUAUACAUUAGCAGUUAUUAGUUGACUUUUACUAAUAGAUACACCUUUAUGAUGGUGUUUUUGUAGAGACAUAAGUAGUCAAAUAGUGGCAUUUCUUGCAGUUUUGUACAGUAUUUCAGUAUAGUGCAUAAAUAGGUAUAUUCAUAAAAUCAAUAAAAGGAGUUAUCUUAUGGAAACAAGUAAAAUCACAGCAAAAACUGCUAUUCCUUUGCCUCGUUUAUAAUUUUUAUUUUUUCAUUUUUUUUUGUUUCAGUGUGAUUCUGUUACGUGCUUUGCAUGAUUGUGUUAAUACCAAGGUCACAAAUGCAUCUUAUUAACAGAAUUUGCCAUGAAGACAGCCUUGACAUUAAAAAUUCCCUCACAAAAGGUAAUCCAUAAUCUUUAAUAAAAUAAACUUGUUACAUUAGCCAAUAAAUGCAUUUGUUUAAUUCCCUUCCAAAGCACUGUUUUGGUCAUCUAAAUAGUUUUUUAAAGUGCACUUUAUUCAUAUACUGCAAUGGAAGUUAUCCUAUUUUCUUACACCUUUAAAUAUAUCAUAGCUCUUCCAGGUGGUUUAGGGAAGGGUGCAGUAGUCUAAGACAGUACACAAUGCUUGAAGGCAAGCAAUAAAAAUGCUUUGUGUGGUAUGUGUUAUUAAACAUUUAAAAAUAUUGUUCUUAUAAGUUCUACCUUUCCCCCUUAAUGUGUGACUAUACAUUAUAAAUUUAUAAAUAUGUACACGUGUAAAAAUAUUUGUAAAUAGCAGUUUCUGUAGGACAACAGAAAAAAACUCACCUAUACCUUUGCAAAAGGCUGCUCCUACAUUGAUAGUACCUGUUUAUUAAAAUUUAUGGUAGAUUGACCAGAAAAGUUAUCAUUACUGUUAUUUUUAUUUUUAGUUUCAAUUGUUAAAAUCUUAUUUGAGCCUGAUAACAUCUUGACAGUUGAGAUAGUCCAGUCAUGUGGAUCAGGGUUUUCUAUUAUUUCUUUAACUUUCUUUUUUUUUUAAACACACUUCUUAGCCUUUUAAAGUUUAGAUAAAUUGCAGAAGCUUUAGUCUUGCUGGAGAGGGAGGAUGCACCAUGGUAAAGGAUUUUAAAUUAUAGAACAGGGGUGUUUACAAUUAUUCUCCCUUCCAUGAAUCCUUUUAAAAACACAAAAUAAAAGUGACAUGGAUUUAUUAAAAAUAAGAUUCAUAACUUCAGAAAACAUUUUAAAUAAAGUAACAAUGGUCCCUUUGGCCUAUAAUAUCAUUAUUAUUUUAUGCAGUUGUAUAUUGACAUAAAUAAUUAUGGUAUGUACAAAAUGUAGAUAAAUACAUGUACAUAUAUAGAGAUAUAAUCUCAUUAUUGUAUAGUUACUGCUCUGAUUAAGCUAAUAUUUGUUCAACAAAUAUUUUUUACCUCCUUCUAUUUUUCAUUCCAUGGGGAUGGUGUUAAUACCACUCAUAUCAUGUCCACAGAAUUUAGUUGAAAAUCAAAGUGCAUCUCAUUCUUGUAAAAGACUUUAAAUCAAAGACCAAAUAUAAUAUAUAAGUUAAUUUAUCACUGAGAAUUGAUUAAUGAGUUAUGAGAUCACGAGUGUGCUAAGAUGGUGGCUGUUUUGCUAUUUUCUUCUAUUUCUGUUUAUAUUUGUUUGAAUAGAAAAUGGAACUAAUAUAAAACCAUUAAAUAAUUUUUUUAAACUUCAGUGAUUUUUAAAGUGCCAGUCUUAAUGUUUAGCAAUCUUUUCAGGGAUCUAUUUUGAAUUUAUCUCAGGUUUGGAUAAGUGAUCCCCUAGAGCCACAUUGCCAAUUUUUUUUUUAAAUAGUUCAUUGUUUAUUUAAAAAGAGCACAAAAGCUAUCAUUUCACUUAUACUUUUUUGGUAUAUAUACAUAUAUAUAAAGUUUUCAUGAUAUGGCUCUUUUCACAUUGCUGGUUGAAGGAACUCAACUCUGCCACGAUGUCAUAGAUCCUAAAAGGGCCCCAAAGCUGUAUGGAGUCUGUUGAUAUUGUACUUUGACAUGGCCUGUCAUCAUUCUAAUGUGAGGAUAAGCGAAGUAGCUCAGGUCCACCUUCUGCAAAGUCAUGGUUCUUCAGCAUCUAUCAAAAAAAAUUUUUUUUCAAAUGCUUCAUACUUAUUACACUCAAACAGUGCCUGUGGAAUACCAAAAUAUUUAUGACUCAUUUGAAAUUUGGGACCUUAUUAAUAGCCUUAUUAUAUUGGUUUUCCUGUUAUUAGUCUUCUGGCAUUCCUAUAUCCAUCUGCAUAUUUUUGAAGCAAUUCUCAGAUUUUUUUUUUUUUUUUUUUUUGCCUAUAGAAAGAAUCAGAAUUUCAAAUUAUGAGUUGAUUGAUUGCUACCCUGUAAUGCACUUAUUUUCCUUUUAAUUUAGGUCUCUGGCAACCUUGGGUUUACCUCUUCUUAAUCCAAAGUAUCCAGAAGCAUAAAAUUAAAACUGGGAAGGGGUGUGAUUACUUUUUAACACUUGCAUACUUAGAGACCAGAGACACUGUUUAAAAAUCACUCAUAACAGUAUGGAUAAGACAAAUAAUGAUAUUUUUCUCUAUUGAAUUCAUGCUUUAAAAAUGAAAUUCAAUAUUUAAUAAAACUCUUAAUAUCCAUAAUCUUGCAUUUUCAACAUUUAUAUUAAAGAUACUAAUCUUUUUCAUUAAUAGUUAUACACUCAUACUUUCAUCAAAUUCAAAAAUGAAUUUAAGACCUCAAAAAAAGGGAAAAAAAUUCAAAGAGAAAAACCCACUUGAAAAAUGUUUAUUGCUAGUUAAACCUAAUGAGGCACUUUCCCUUUUUAAGUCCUAAGAAAAGUGAGAAAUUAUACAUACAUAAAUAUAUACAGAGAUAUUUAACAAUCAUGAGUCUAUCAAGGUAAGCGUCAUGAUUAAAAUACUAAGAUAGAUUAAGUUCAUGUGAAAGGCAUUUUGGAAAGGUAAUUAAAGUCUAUUUCUUAUAAGUUUAUAUCACUUUCUCAAAAAUUCUUAAUUAUCCAACAUAUUUAGAUCACAGUUUUCAACCUUAUUUAGGCCAAAUAUUCUAUUUUGCCAGUUUAUAUAAAGAACUUUUUUUAGUACUUAUAUACUCCACUUCAAAUCAUUUUCUCUAUGAUGAAGUUAAUACAUAAAUUAAGAUUGCCAGUAGGAAAUGCCAAGGAAUAGGUUUAGGUGUCAGUUUAUAGUAAUACUCUCAAAGAACCUUUAAAAAGGCCUUAGCUUUGAUUAGAAAUAGGGGUGUGUGUGGGUGUGUGUAUUUUCCAAGUAUAAAAGAAUAUUUUGAGAAAUUUAAACAAAUUUAUGAAAUAGAAACAAUUUCUUUUAUAAUGAAUGUACUUCCAAAUGUAGCUUUUUUUAAAUUGGCAAUUAAUUUAGUCAAUAGAAUAGUUUUUUUUCAAUAGAUCCAACAAAUUUAUUCACUGGAAUUUAGUCUUGAGCCCCACAUAGUUAGAAAUAUCCUUUCUACAAAGGUGUAAACGUUUUCCUGAUGUAUUUUUGGUUGGCUCUUUUGAGCCAUUAAAUUUAAAAUAAUAUAACAAUUGUGCUUGUACGAUAAGAUAAAAAAAUCUUUGAAUUUCAAGUUUCUCAAUGGGAGUUUGUUAAAGCCUCUAUUAUAUUUAAUAUUCUGUUGAUCAUUUGCAAAUAAGACAUCUAUAUAUGUGAUUGAUUAGUUCUAUAUCUUUUUUGAAUUGUAAAGCAACUAAGAAUCCAUUUUUUGUGAAAGAAGCUAUUCCCUAACAUUGGUUGCAAUUUAGUUUCUGGGACUAUAUUACAUUUUUCUUUUUUGGUCUAUAGGUAUAAUAAUGUAUAAAAAAGAUUGAAGUUGAUUAAGCACACAAAAUACUAAGCACUUCCCUCUUUAUUUUUCUCAUUUCUUAAAAAAAAUGACAGUUAUUUUAGGGGUUGGAGAGAAUUUAUUUGCUAUAUUAUUGGUUCUAUGACAUUCAAAAUCACUGAACUUCAAGGAUUAUUUAUUGAUUUCAUCAAUUUGUUGCAAAUUACUAUUUAUAGAAAGAAGUCUAAUAUGACAUCAUAUAAAUGUUGGUGUUGGCACUGUUAAAUUAGCUUAGUUGUUAUAAAAAAAUGUUUUUUAUGCUUUGUUUAUAAGACUUAGUUUACCACAACAUGCUGCCCAAGUAGGCUUAUAUUAUUGGAUAAAUAAGUGUAACUCCAACAAAAUUGAUUUGUGAAAACAAAUGGUAUUAGGAAAGCAAAACAAAGGUGUUAGACACAGAAUUACUUUAGGGAUGAUGACUUAAAGAUUUGUCCCAACAUGUAUACCUGUGGCAGAUUCAUUUUGAUAUUUGGCAAAACUAAUACAAUUAUGUAAAGUUUAAAAAUAAAAUAAAAUUAAAAAAAAUAAAAAAAUAAAAUCAGGGGAAAAAAAAAAUACUCAACACAAUAGUUGAAGCAGUUGGCUGUGUUUUAAACCCAGCAUAAUAUGUGAAGAACUUUAAUGUAUGAUUGGAAAGAUCUAAAUGAAACUGAACUUUGAGUUACAAUUUUCAUGAAUUAAACAUUACCAUCCGUGGAUAAGUGCUUGAUUGUAGAUCUUGGACACCUGCUCCACACUUGAUUUCAAGUUUAUUGGUAUCUAAGUUUUUAAAGAUUCUUUUGAGCAGAUAAAUAUUCAGGUUUUAGGGUGCUCUAAAUAGGAUUGUGACCUUUCAUGAAAUAUUCCCAUUAGAGGUCACAUGCAUGGUAACAAGAAAGCUUCACAUUUGUUGCUAAAUCAGAAAAGUAAAAAACAAAAUGGAAAGGAAUGUUUUCCUCUUGCUACAUAUUAAUAAUACAACUACAUGCAUAGAGAAUGCAUGACAAGGUUCCAACACUAAACUUUGAGCAUUCAUUAAUCUGAGAUUUUAAGGUGACAAUAUGCUUGUAUGGUAGGUUUUCUAGUUUGAAAAAAAUCAUUCUAGAGCUAAUAAUAUUUGUAAUUUGUGACCUUGCUGUAACUCGGAAAAGUCACUAUUUUUUGUAUGUAAAAUAAUUUGACCUUUAUUGAAUGUGUCAGUAUGCUUGCUGUUUAAAAAUUCCUAAUCAAUCACAUGCAGAUUAAUGCUAAAUGUUAUCUUUUUUGUACUUAUUAAAAUUAAUUUAAAUAUA